UACUUCCUGGCCUUAUUUGUUUUGCUAGAACCUUUUUUCUUGUGUUGGUGUCUUGAGUGUGCAGAUCUACGAUGUCUGGUCGUGGCAAGCAGGGCGGCAAGGCGCGUGCCAAAGCGAAAUCUCGAUCUUCUCGCGCUGGGCUGCAGUUCCCUGUUGGCAGAGUCCACCGUCUGCUGCGCAAGGGCAACUACGCUGAACGAGUCGGGGCCGGCGCGCCCGUGUACCUGGCAGCAGUGCUGGAGUACCUGACGGCCGAGAUUUUGGAGCUGGCGGGCAACGCUGCCCGCGACAACAAGAAGACGCGUAUCAUCCCGCGUCACCUGCAGCUGGCCAUUCGCAACGACGAAGAGCUCAACAAACUGCUGGGCCGUGUGACCAUCGCUCAGGGCGGCGUCCUGCCCAACAUCCAGGCUGUGCUGCUGCCCAAGAAGACCGAGAGCCACCAUAAGGCCAAGGGCAAGUGAUCUGACAUCUGAGCUUCCGGAAACACAAUCAAACCCAAAGGCUCUUUUCAGAGCCCCCCACUUUCUCAAAGAAAGAGCUGAUACUCGUACUAACUAGUUCUUCCCAUGCUAGUGUACCUAAAGCUUACCUCUGCCUUUAUUUUGGAGGACAAGGUAAAAACUGGGCUAUGGUAGGGAACUGUAAGUCGGGUAAUGACAACGUUUGUAUGUACUUGGUCAUACUCUCAGGACACCAUUUAUAAGAUCUUGUGACUGGUAAAUUGAGCUCGAAUCCCUAGCAGGCGAAAUGGAGCUGCUGUCAUUACACUGCUAAGAUCUGUUUUCCUAGUUUCUAGGUCUCUUCAAGUUUUGGGCCGGAGAGUUAUCUGCUUUGAAUGGGAGUGCGAGGGCAGGGAAGCCCAGCAUGGCCAAGGCUUGCCCAGGCCUGGGCUCCUGGAUUAGCCAAGCAGAGGAGUAACAAUCAGGACUCCUGGAGCUCCGCUGAAGCAUUUAGAGUGGAAUGGUUUCGUUCCUCUAUUAAAGUCUAACGUGUAGUCGAAUUUAUUAUUGCUAAUCCAAGCAGAAACUGGUCCUGCAGAUGUGCCUUCUGCUUUCCAGAUACUAACUUGAAUAGUGGGGUCUGGUGACAUCGUCUCCAUAUCUCCCUCCUUUCUUCCCAAAGCUGCUCUCAAAGGGAGAAAAAAAAAAGUCUAGCAUCCCAGAUCUCAGUGAAGGCCAGGUGGUAGGAAAUCAAACGGAUACCUUAAUGGCCACCUGUUAAAUUUUGCAGCAUUUUGGAAGUUAGGAAGGCUGAGAACCACCAGACUUGAAGCAAAUCUGGCCUCAGUGCUCAAAUGCCUGACAUUUACUGCAUGUUGUUUGAGCCUUAAUUAUUGAUUUAUUUUCCAUUUGGAUUUAAAUCCACCUCCCCCACUUCCUAGGUGUAUUACCUUGGUUGGGUCUAGGUCUUUAAAUCCUUUGGCCUCCACCUCUUCCUGUCUUUGUUCACCUUCCUUUGGAAGGAGCUGCUCAGCAGUGAAAUCAGAUUGGGCUGAUUAGGAGAGAUGACUUCUUAGGUAUUUCCUGCGUGCCAGGCACUUGUCUGUGUGCUCCCAGCAUAUUAAUUCACUUAAUCCAACAACCUUAGGAAAAGUUUCUCACCCUAUCAUAGAUUUACUAAUAAAGAAACUGAGGAACAGAGCUUAAAUAAAGUCCCAAGGUCAGGACUACUAAUGAUCAUUGUCAGAAAUGGAAACAGAAAAAUCAACACAAAAUAGAUGAACUUUAUUUGCAUACCAGAAAGUUCAAGAUGGCAUAUUAAACUCUGUGAAGAGCUUAAGAGUGGAGGAGAGAUAACUUCCCCAGAAUCUACAUGAAGAAAGGGAGGGGAAAAAAAAAAAAGCCAGUAGCUUUUUGAUUUAGAGUGUGACUGGUUUGGCAGAGAGAUGGUUUCCAAGAGAUCCCCAGGACUUGAUAAACCAAUAUGUGUUGAGUAAGGCAAGAAGAUAGAAAUUUGGAAUUGAAAUUUGAACUCUUUCCUGUGGCUCUAAUAACAAAAGGUUGUAUUUGAAUACUGAGUGAUACAUUGUGAACUCUAUUAACCUCCAUGGUCUGUUCUCUUCAGCAAGUCUUCCAAUAAGGUCAAGGACCCGUGAUGUUAACUUGUAUCUAGUCAGCACAGAAUCUGGCACACAUAGACACUUGGUAAGUGGGCACUGAGGGAAGGUUGAGCUGCAUGAAUCAGUGGCUGCACAGUCAGGAAGCACUUUGUUGUGGAGGGUCAGUUAAUUACUAGGGGAGACAUGAAGUACACACCAGAUGGACACUGUCACUAGCAUCCUCUCUUUCCAGUAGAACGUCCCUCUCUUGUAAUAAUCCAGUUUGCAGUGGGAUCUUGUCUUAGGAGCAUAAGAGAAGCAGAAGGGACCAGUUGACCACCUCUUACCUAAGAGACACAGCGAAGAGCCUGCCUCCAAGCCAAGGACGUCUGUCUCAGCUCUGUCCUGGCUCUCCAUCUCCAGCACACCUCCUUACCAUCAGCUUGGCACUGUCAUUAUUCAUGUCUAAAAGCCCUAGUUACCCUUGGGAAAUUCUCUAUUGGACAAUAAAUUCCCCAUAGCUACAGUUGGUUUCCAGUGCUUGAGCAGGUAUCUACCUUCCAUGCCUCAAGGGUUCUGGGAAAGACUAUUUAAAUUGGAGCAAGUUAAUGAGAUUACUACACCCAGGCCAACCUAGUUUCUGAAGGCACCAGACUACAAUGACAAAAGUUCAUCCCAGGGUGUUACUAAGAAGCAAGUCUGGGACUGGGGUUGUAGCUUAAUUGGUAGAGCAUUUGCCUAGCAUGUGUGAGGCACUGUAUUCAAUCCUCAGCACCAUUUAAAAAUAAGUCAAAUAAAGGUCU